AUGGAUACAAACGAAAGUGGUGUAAGUAUGGACUCUAAUUCUUAAAAUAACUCAAGAAUAAAGCAUAAAAUAAUAUUUUUAGGGGACCAACAUGUAGGUAAAACAUGCAUAAUUGAACGUUUUAUGUACGAUGUUUUUGACGAAAAAUCGCAUCCUACAAUAGGAGUUGAUUUUUUAGCCAAAACAAUAACAAUAGAUGAAAAAAGUAUUCGAUUAUAAUUAUGGGAUACAGCUGGAUAAGAAAGAUUUAGAAGUUUAAUACCUAGUUAUUUGAGAGAUGCAACAUGUGCAGUUAUAGUUUUUGAUAUUACUUAAAAGACAUCCUUUGAUAAUCUAGAUAAAUGGAUUUAAGAUUAUAAAGAUAAUAGAGGAAUAGAUGCUCCUUUUAUAUUAGUUGCAAACAAAUUAGAUAUGAAAUUAUCAAGAGAAGUAACAUAAUAGGAAGCUGAAUAAAAGGCUUAAAGCAUUAGAGUUAAUUAUUAUGAAAUUUCAGCAAAAACAGGCGAAAACGUAUUAAACAUGUUUAAAUCUAUGGCAACUUCUUUAUAACCUAUUGAACAAAGUAUAUUAAAUCCUGGAUAGUCAAACGAAAAUAAUAAAAACUAAGACGAAAAACUAAAAAAAAAAGAAGCUUGUUGCUGA